AUUUUUCUACCUAAACUAUAAUUAUUAACUACCUAAAACAUUGACUAAAAUGAUGAAGUGUUCUGCCAUUUCUUGUAGCCCAUGUGAAGCUGCAUGCUGCUGUCAUUCGCUGCUACUGUGCAGUCAUAUUGCAGCAUCAUUUAGCAGAUCUCAUUUGACUACAUUUUCAGCUUUUAUGCCAUAGCUCCAACAGGGACAGAAGCCAAGCCUUGUUCAUGGAACUGUUCGAUGAAAACGCUUUCAAUGUGAUCGAGAUUGAACUAGGAUUCAUGUAUGAUCUGGUGUAUACAAAGGCACCGGCUAUUUAUACUCCCUGGGGUUUUGUUCGACGCUUCAUCACUUUCUUCCUCACCUGCCUAGUGUUUACGUUUUUUAUCCUUGAUGAUAAGUUCAGGCAUAACAGGACUGAUUUUGUGGUCACUUUACUUUUGCUUGUCGUUGCUAUUUUCCUGGAGAUAUAUGCAGCCCUUAUUGUCCUUGCCUCAGAUCAAACCAGAGUUUGGUUGAUUAAGAAGAGGAUGACUAGCAUUACGGAGCUGAUUUUUUACCAUGUCAAAAAGAAGUCUGAGGAAUUUGAGAUACCAAGGAAAGAACAGGAGCUGAGAAGUACAAGCAGUCUUGAGACAGCUCUUUGGGAGGUCUGCAGCCAAAGAGGAAAAGGCAGACUUGAUAAAUACAAGGAAAAGAUAGGUCAGGUUGACCUUGAAUGGAGUAUAAGUGUUGAAUUUGACCAAAGCAUCCUUACCUGGCACAUGGCUACAGAUAUCUGCUACUACUCAGAAAACCUUUCUGAUGAUGUCAAAUUAAGUAGAGAUUUCAGUCUGCACAUGUCAAGAUACAUGUGUUAUCUCCUAGUCAUUCGUCCGUCCUUGUUGUCUGACAGGAUUGACAUUAUGAGGAUCCGGCACACUCGUGCUGAUGCCAGGAAAUUCGUCAAGGAGAAUAUGCCUACCACCUCAGAUGAAGGCGGUUGGGCAGCUGCCCUCCCUACACUUCUGAGAAAAAAAUGGUUGGCAUCAAGGUUGAAUACUAUAUCAGAUCCAAAGAUUAAAUGGGAUCUAAUGAGAGAUAUGUGGUUGGAGCUGCUAGCUUAUGCCGCUUGUCACUCUAGGGAUAGUCAGCAUGGUCAGCAGCUGAGAAGAGGUGGAGAACUUCUAACCCAUGUAUGGCUUCUUAUGGCUCACUUUGGCCUCACUGAGCAGUGCCAGAUAUCUCCAAGCCAUGCAAGAGCCAGGCUGGUCACCAAAUAGUAGCAGACACAGGCAUCCUGUUUUAAAUUCUAAUUGAGAGAUCACAACUUCUCUUCAUCUGAACUGAGUUCUAGGUAAAUUGCUUUCUUCACAAUUUUCUUUUUCUCUUAAGUAUUACUGCUGUUAAAUGCUAUAUGUAGAUUGAGGACCCGACUUGUGUUUCUGCAACUUAUAUGUGUUGCUUUGUCUUUUGUUGUAAAGAAUAUCGAAACUGAUUGUUGUGAUAGUUUCCUAAUGUUUCCAUAAUCCUGGCAUAGAUGACUAAUUUGUGUAUAAGAAAUCUUAAAAUUGUGG